AUGACAUCACAACGCGCUGCAACACGAUCGAUGACGUCACUUCAUCGAAACUCGUUGCCUAUACCUGAUGACCUCGCUGUGGAGAUAUUCUCGAGGCUGCCGUCAAAGGCGAUAGCCAGAUGUCGUUGCGCAUGCAAGCUCUGGUCCUCCAUGCUUGUACGUGAAGAUUUCACAGACUUGUUCUUGACCAAAUCUUCUGCUCGCCCUCAGCUUCUCUUCGCAUGCCAAGAUCACAAUCGUAACUAUAUCUUCUUCUCGUCAUCACCUCAUCCGGAAGAAGAAGAGAACUCGUCUUCGUAUGUUGUAGCCGCCAAUCAUCUUGCACGUUUCCCUAGUUCCUCCUACAGGUUAUUUGGUUGUACGAAUGGCUUGUGUUAUGGAGCUAGGCCGAGGUCGAGAAAACCAGUGAUAUGUAACCCCAGCACGGGACAGUCCUUGACCUUGCCUAGAUUGAAGUCGAGGAAGUGGUUUGGGGUGGACAACUAUCUUGGAUAUGACCCCGUUUCUAAAGAGUUCAAGGUAUUGACAUUGUCAAUGGAAAGCUCGAAGAUCUCUGCAAAGCACCAAGUUCUGACAUUAGGAACCAAGAAACUGUCGUGGAGGUUGGUCCAGUGUACCACAGCACAUUAUUCUUCAAAUAAAUGGAUAUCCAUCAGCGGUGUUAUUUACUAUGCAGCUUCAGCCAACAGAUCUUCCGCGAAUUCCAUGGUAGCUUGUUUUGAUCUGAGGGUUGAGAAGUUCAGUUUUGUGAAUUUCGGUAGAGCAAUGCAUGAUUCAACAACUCUGGUUAAUUACAAUGGGAAACUGGGUUUGCUUAUGUCUGGAGAUGCUCCUGGUGAGAAUAUUAGUACAACGAGUAAAAGUUUUCAGCUGUGGGUUUUACAAGAUGCUGAAUGGUCCAAGCAUGUAUACAUAUUACCUCCUUCGUGGAAGGAUGUAGUUACAAAAACCAUGUGCUUUGCUGGAAUAAUAGUUGGUACAAACGAAAUCGUCUUAGCACCUUCGCUCCAAAAUGUGCUUUGCUAUGUCAUCUACUUUAAUGUGGAGAGAAAUACAAUAACAAAAGUUGGAAUCCAAGGCAUGGAAGCGUUUCAGGGUAAGAGAUUCAACACCUAUCUCAACUAUGUUGAGAAUGUGAUUCUUCUUUAA